UUUUUGCUGCUCGUUUGCUUACCUUGUCUCUGAGCAGAUUCUUGGCCUUUAUGUAGUCGCAACAAUGCUCGAUCGCAGAAUCUUCCAUCGCUUUGGCCAUUUGCGGGGAGAGUUCACAGCCGGGGUGGGCGGGGAUGGGAGGUUUCAGACGAGACGCAUUCACUGAGAACCAGCUCGUCAAGUUGUCGCCAUUCAUUGGCGACUUCAUCACCGGGGACCAGUCUUUCUUCAUGGCCACGUACUACAUGUACUUCCCGUUCCUGACUUGCGAGGUGAAGUGUGGCGCAGCGGCGCUCGACAUCGCAGAUCGGCAGAACGCCCACAGCAUGACCCUUGCGGUACGGGGCAUCGUCGAGCUCUUCCGUGCUGUCAAGCGCGAGGAUGAGGUCAACCGGAAGAUCCUCGCCUUCUCCGUCUCACACGACCACCAGUCAGUACGGAUUUAUGGCCACUACCCAGUGAUAACCGGGAAAGACACCAAGUAUUACCGGCACCCGAUCCGAAAUUUUGUCUUUACUGAGUUAGACGGCAAAGAGAAGUGGACAGCGUACCGAUUCACCAAGAACGUCUACGACACAUGGAUGCCCAAGCAUUUCGAGAACAUCUGUUCUGCCAUCAAUCAGUUGCCAUCGGAGUUGAACUUUGAUGUCCCACCGCUUUCCGAGGCGACCGGGCUUUCCCAGGAUUUGGGGAACUUGAUUCAGUCAGAUGCCAGCUGCGCUUCUCUGCCUGACGAGCGGGGCAGCCAGUCGAGCAAUGCCGGGCAGCAGGCGGUCACUCCAGGUACCUCAUUCAGUGAGCCGAAGAGGAGGAAAGGAUAAGGCCUGGAAGGGCCGUAAUGUGUUGGCGGGUAGAUAGCAUAGGAUUCAAUUGACCGUCAUCUUCACCUUGGCUACUUCGCUUCUUGCCUUCCAUCAUUCAUAAACCAAGUCACUGUCCUGGCCAGGUGCUUU